CUGGUCUCGGGGACCAGGCUGUUUUCAGGCAGCAGGGGGGCAGCGCGUCUGCCCCUGUUCAACCUUGUAAGGAUGAUUCCUCAAAAAAAAAAAAAAAAAGGCUGCGGCCAUGGCCAACUUGGCGGUGCGGGAGGAGCGGGCAGCUGCCGCAGCGGCCAGCCACAAUGCCCGCGCUGCACUGAUGGAGGAGCAUGGGGAGCGGGGCACUCGCUGGUUCCAUCGGCAGGCUGAUGAGCCAGCAGCCGGCGCGCAGGAGCCCAUCACGCACUUGAAGGUGCCGGGGCAACCGGCGCCUGUGGCGCUCACGGGGCCGGGCACGCGCAACACUGUCUCAGCAGCCGCCGCAGCCAUGUACAGCAGCACCAGCCCCACCGGCCUGUUCCGCGUGCAGCCGGUCUGUACGGCGUCGCAGCAACAGCUUCUGGCGGCCAUUGACCGCAAGGUUCCGGCGGAUCUGCAGGCCGCCGCAGAGGGGUCCGGGGACGGCGCCCUCAGUGAUGCCGAGCUGAUGGCAGCGCUGGCUGGCUCCGCCAAUGGUAAAGCACCUGGGUCGGACGGGGUUCCGUAUGAGGUGUACAAGGUCUUCUGGGCACUGCUGGGCCCGCGCUUGUGUGCUGCUGCUGCCGCUGCCUUUGCUGCCGCUGCAGACGCCCACGAUGGCGGUGAAAUGGCGGCGGCGCUGCCCGCCUCCUGGCGGGAGGGCAUCAUCACGCUCAUCUACAAGGGCAAAAGCCUGGACCGCGCCGAGCUGGCGUCCUACCGGCCCAUCACGCUGCUCAACUGCGACUUCAAGAUGGUGUCCAAGGCCGUCAGCGCCCGCCUGCAGCCUGCCCUGGAUGCAGUUGUGGAUGAGCUGCAGACCGCGUUCAUCACCGGCCGCUGGAUUGGAGACAACGCGCUGUACCUCCAAGGCCUGAUCGAAUGGAUGCGCCUGGACGUGGGCGCGGACGGCACGCCACGGCAGGGUGGUGCGCUGUACUUCUUGGACAUUGAAAAGGCGUAUGACCGGGUGCACCGGCAGUGGCUGUAUGCGUCCGCGGAGGGUCUGGGGUUUGGGCCGCGCAUGCUGCGCUGGAUCCGCCUGAUCACUGCCAACGGCUCUGCCCGCGUGUGUGUGAACGGGAUGCUCUCUGACGCCUUCCCAGUGCUGAACGGCUUGCCGCAGGGCAGCACCGCCUCACCACCCCUGUGGGUCAUCCAGAUGCAGCCACUGACGUCCUUUCUGCGGCGGCAGGUGGAGCAAGGGGCACUGCGCACGCCCCUGUUACCCAGCGGCGAGCAGGCGCCGCCUGCUGCCCACCACGCUGACGACACGACCCUCACGGCGCGCGACCCGGCGGUGGACGGGCCGGUCCUGAUGGCGGCAGUACAGCUGUUCUGCCGCGCGUCCAACGCCCGUGUCCAUCCGGACAAGAGCAAGGCCAUGGGCCUUGGCAGGUUUGCGCACCUGACGGGCCCUUGCCCACACACGGGGGUGCCGUUUACCACUGGCGCCGUGACGCACCUGGGUGUGCCUCUGUCGUGGGACUCUGAUGCGGCUGCAGCUGACCUGUACACCCGGCGGGCUCGCGGCAUGGCGUUUGUGGCGCGUCUGUGGGCUGCCCUGUCUCUGACCCUGGUUGGCCGUGUGCACGUUGCGAAGCAGGUGCUGGCGGCGAAGCUGGCCUACCACUUCAGCUUCCUCAACCCAUCGCCUGCGCAGCUGAAGGAACUCACCGACCUGGUGGACCACUUUGCUGCGCGCUCCGUGCACGCUGAGGAUGCCAGCCUGGUGUCGCACGGGAACCCGCUCCUGCUGCCAAAGCGGGAGACGGCCUGUCUGCCGUACAAGGAUGGGGGUGUCAACCAUGUCGACCUGCCUGCGUUCCUGUCUGCCCUGCAAGCUAAGACUUUCGCCCUGCUUGCCCAGCCAGGCCGGCAACCCUGGAAGACGCUCACCCGGGCGCUGCUUACUCAUGUGCGCCCGGACUCUGCCACCACGUGGGCGUGGGUGUACAGCGACGCGCCGGCGCCAGCGGGGCUGCCUGCCCGGCUGGCGGCCGCGGUCGGCCACGUGCGGAGCGCGGGCGUGGAACAGCAUCCGCCGCAGCCAGCCACUCAGCCGCCAGCGGCGCCGCCACAGUGGCGGGUUAGCCUGGACCAGCUGUGGGUGGCUAACGCUGCGGGGGCUGUGUCCUACGUCCACUACACGGGGCGGCUCUUGGAGCCUGGGCCUGGCGUGCUGCCCCCGGCAGUGGAUGGGGCGUGGCAGCCUGCCUGUGUGCUGCAGCACCGCAAGCCGCGGCACCUGUGGACCUUUGAAGAGCGGGCGGCGUACGAUGCAGCAUCACCAGGGGAACGGGCAGGGGCGUGGCCUCGGGCGCCGUACUUCCUGGCGCCGGAGGCUGGGGUGGUGGUGCACCCGGAGCACUGCCGGAUUGCGGGUGUCAGCUUGGCGGACUACACGGUGCGGGACGUGCGGCGGGCCAUCACCGCGGCCAACCCGGCCGCCCCUCUGGCUCCGGCCCGCCCCGCAGCCAUGCCGUGCCCGGCGCCAGCACAGCAGGCGGGGGGUUCGGGGACCCAGCCGGCGGCACAGUCGCGGCUGGCGGAGUGGGAGGCGGAGUGGCAGCGUGCAGCGGCGCAGCUGACCACCACGGCGGCGCAGCACUUCCACAAUAACCCGGUGGCUCUGGACCCCUGGCUCCACCGCACCUCCGCGGCAGCCGGGCAGCAGAACACGCCGGCGUGAGAACUGCAGUCGUAUGCGUCCCCGUCCCAGCAGUCGGCUUCUCACCGCACAGCUCAAGGCGGCUAAGCUGGAGCACUUUGUUGCCAUCUGGACGGCGGGUGGCGCGCUUUGUGAAGUGGAGGAGGUUCAGGGUGGGUCACCGAAGUUGCACUUGCGGCUGACGCUUGCAUCACCUGUGCAGGCCCCCUAGGUUUCCUUUUGGGCGGCGUUUCUUUCCAGGCGCUGGCGUGGCGUAUUAUCGUCAUCAGCUUAUCUGGCGCCCCAUGUGUCAUAGCUCUGGCUGGCGUCGCAGCGCCUGGGCGGCUGUGGGCCUUCCUGCACAGCGCGUCUUGCAGCGGGCUGGAGCCCGAUUAGUCAGCGCCACAUCUGGCCCGUUUAGUUUUCUGCUUGUGUCUCCUCUGCCAGUUCUCCUGGGGUGUUGCUCAAGCAACCGACUUGUGGGGGUGGGGUGGGUUACGGCGGGUCGAGUGUUGGUAGCACUGGUGUUUUCCUUUCUGGCGCGCGGUGGUGGGGGUUCUUGCGGUUAGGCUGUGGUGUAGGUUGGUGCUUGGGUUAGGUCUGGCGGUGUUUUUUGUGCAACCCCUCCCGGGGGGCGGGGGGGCCAGCCUCCUGCUCUGUCUGCCGGGUCGGGGUGGGGUGGGGUGGGAUGGAUGGGUGGUUGGUGGCGGUUUUUCGAGGUGUUUGUUUUCUGUUUUUCUUCUCUUUUCUUCUCUUCUUGCCCUGUCAGGGUUCUGGUCUCGGGGACCAGGCUGCUUUCAGGCAGCAGGGGGGCAGCGCGUCUGCCCCUGUUCAACCUUGUAAGGAUGAUUCCUC